AUGCCUCGCGGGGGGCGUGGCGGUGAAAGCGGCGGCGAUAAUGAUGAAGCGCGGAGAGUUUUUAUGGAGGUAGAAAUUGAAGGAGGUGAAAACCACAGAUAUUUCAAGGUGGAACCGCGUGCUCGCUUUAAGAAUGUGACGCGGGCGAUUGGCAAAAAAGGCGUUCUCGUGUGGAAUGGUUGCCCGCUUCCCCCGCAGGAAACCCCGCUCUCUUACGGGAUGCCGCGGGGUUUGGAAAACGCCAUUCGCCUCGUUUUUGAGGUGCGGGAUCGGCCCCCGUUUCGGCCGGAAAGGGCGAGCGAUCGGGAUUGGUUGGAGGCUUUGGCGAUCCACCGCCGAAGGAUGGAAGGGUUGCGGUUGUCGAGGGCUCGCUUCCUACGGGAGGGUUCCGGGGCAUUGGGCCCGAUCUAA